AUAUCCCUCCGAGUCCUCCGAUGCCUUGCAAAGGGCCAAUAUGCCUGAAACAAAGAAACUAAUCUGUCCAGCUGCUAUAAAUAUAUCCUAAAACUAAGCCGUCUGAUUUUUUGUUGCUUUGUUUUAUAUACGUUUGAUUUUUUAUUUUUUUUGGUUUAGGUGCUCCUAAGCUACUUUAGAGUUGAUGUUUUCAGAUUUAUGAUGGCCCCCAGCCUCUUAGCGCACAGAUGUUUGGAGACGGUCUGCGCUGCUCUCUGAUUGGUCAGCGGACUCUCAGCGGCGCUUCAAAGGCGCAGAGGAGCUCUAAGUAGAAAAGGAAACGGAGACGGAAACCUCAGACUGAUUGGAUCCAGUCAGAGCACACACAUCACACCCUUAGACAGACAUUACUCCCCGUCAGAGGAACAUAUCACCGCACGGUUCAUGGCAGCGCUGUUAGGCGAGGAACCGAGGCUAGGCAGCACCCCGUUGGCAAUGCUGGCCGCCACCUGCAGUAGAAUCGGGGACCCGACCCCCUCCUGCUCCCCUGCUCUGUCGGAUGGAGCUCCGGGACUCACCAAAGGGUUUCACCCCUGGAGAAAGACUCCCCAGGCCAACAGUAGCGCGAUCACAGCUUCCACUGGAAUCUCAAGGAAAAAUGAUCCAGGACUGACAUCAGAGGCCUCCAGCGCCUUCUCAGUGACACUUCCAAACUCUUCUUCAGGGAGUGAUUUUUCGCUGUACCAGAGCGCCGUACCAUCCUCAGAUUACAGUGUUUCUGAUUCCUCGCCCGCUCAGCGUCCGGUCUUCAUGCCAAAAUUCCCGUCCUCGGUGGAGGGGAUAGCAGGGAUUUAUCAGAGAAUGCAUCCCUAUGAUUCCUGGUUAAAGCCAUCGGGGGAGGUCAGUAACGGGUCUGCUGUAUGGUGGGACAUGGGCACCAACUGGGUUGACUCGCAGAACUCAGCUGGGUUACAGUGCGCCUUGAGCGGCUAUAGUAAUGACUACAGCCCUGCCUUCAGCACUGGUGCGUCUCAGCACCUGCUCCACGGCGCGCAGCAUCUGUUUGACGGCUUUCGGUCACCUGCCUACACAGAGGCUACGACCGCAGCACUUCCUCCGACAGGGGCCCCCGCCGUGUCUGUGCCGACACCCUCCAGGCCCUCGUCGCGCAAAUAUUCUGGUAGAGCUACCUGCGACUGUCCUAACUGUCAGGAGGCGGAGAGCCUCGGUCAGGGCGGUUUGAGUCCACGGCGGAGGAGCGUGCACAGCUGUCACAUCCCGGGCUGUGGGAAAGUUUACGGCAAAACGUCCCACCUGAAAGCGCACCUGCGCUGGCACACCGGGGAGCGACCGUUCGUUUGCAACUGGCUCUUCUGCGGGAAACGCUUCACGCGUUCGGACGAGCUCCAGCGACACCUGCGCACGCACACCGGCGAGAAGCGCUUCGAGUGCCCUAUGUGCCACAAGCGGUUCAUGCGCUCCGACCACCUCAGCAAACACGCGAGGACGCACAGCUCGGAGGGCUCCGAGGACGGCGCCGACCCAGGUUCUCAGAAAGGGAGCGGGGACACGGACAACGGCGUCUCCGUUUGCUCGAGAGAGUCACCAGGGCUGCUUGAGGGCGACCAGAGCGCUCAGAUCGAGAGAUUAGCGGAAUAACGAUGUGGUAACAAAUGGGAAUUUGUUGACAGGAGCCUGAAAAGGGUUUUCAUUGGACACUGAAACACUGAAAUAGCACUUUAUGGUUAACUUCAGCUGUGAAGUGUGUAAACACUGUCUCCUUACCUCAGCUGAUAAUUACAGACUUACAAGAAAUGUGUUCACUACAGUUUCUUAGACACGUUUGAUACAUGCGCCUAAUUUAUUCUACGCGUCUUUCAUAUUCAAUAAAUCUUCAGAAUCAUACUGAUGCAUCUAAUAAGUAAUAUUUAAGUUGAUGUUCUAAAAUAUCUUACAUAAAAAAAUUAAAUUGUUAUAAUUUAUCAAUGCUUGUCCCUGGUAUUAAUAAAACGGGAGAAUUUUGUAAAGUCUUCUGUUUAUUUAAUUUUUUCAGGGAAUUAUGGAAAAGCUAAUUUUUGAUAUAUUCACAAGGCAAAAAAGGUGAGGAAAAUGUAUUACACAAGAAUACGUUAAAGUAAAAAUUUGCUUUACAUCAAAAGAAUCGGUCAAAUGCAAACACACAUAUGUAUAUAUAUAUAUAUAUAUAUAUAUAUCUCAGGUUUUCAGCUGUUUUGAAAAAGCUUAAUAAAAACUUAAUAUUUCUCCCUCUUUAGUUCUGGUCUUGGUUGUCAGGUUGGAUUGGUCCCUGACAAGGAGCUCUAAGAUUUAUUUUAGUCUGUUCAGUUCCUACUUGAAUAUUUACAGGGUUUUUAAAAUCCAUUUUUUCCCUAACUGCCUGUGCAGUGAUUUAAGAACUCGUGUGACAUGAUUUAUUUUCCUGGUGUUGGCCAGGAGCAGUACUCUGAAUGAGUUGCAGCAGGCUAAUAUAAUUUCUUUUACGGAGACCCACAAUUAAAAUAAAUCUGACCAACUAAACAUAAAAGAAUGUGCCAGAUUUUUGUGUCAUCUUUUGACAGGAAAGUCUUUAUUCUUUUAACUUUUUGAGAUUGAAGUAGACUGAAUAGCAGAUUUCAGUCAGCUGGAACUAUUAAUAGCCAGUUUGGGUCCAUAAGAGCAUCUGGUUUCUACCAUACUGUGUGGUUUUUAGCCUGGUUAAGUCAAGCUGAGUGCUGAUUUUUGACCUUGCAGUUUUUGGGACAAUACAAUUAAUUCUAUGUUUUCUGUAUUAAGUUGGAAGAAAAUCUGACCUUUCCACUAAAUGACAAUAUGGACAUUUAUCUGACUGUAAUGGACUGUGGUCAUAUUAUGACAAAAAACUUAAAAUGUGUUCUUCUUAUCAACAUAGGCAUGUGGGUCAAUGUAGUAAUGCUUCAUAAAUUGAGCUAGGGAGAUGUUUGCGAUAUUUAUAAUGCAAAGAGCCAUUUUUGCCCUCAGUCCAGCUAAAUAAAACUGCUUUAGAGCCACUAAUGUUACAUAUUCCUUUGAAAAAACAUGGUUUAUAUUUUUUUAUGAAUAUCUACUAUAGGAAAAAAACAUUAGCGAAAGUGGAUGAAUAGAUUUUCUUUAAUGGGAUGUUGAUAAGUGUGGAGAAUGAUGUAAAAACCCAUAUGGUUUCCAAUCUUAUCAUAAAAACAAUCUAAAAUAAAUAUUACUAGUACUUUUAGUGUCAUGCCGUUGUGAACCUUCAAUGCAAUUACUCCAUAAAAAACUGAAAAAUUGCUAAAACCUGUAUUUGUUAUUACAUCUGUAUUUAAAAAAACAACAAUUUUCAGACAAAGUUAUUAAGAGCCACAGUGGAAGGUCCAAAGAGCCACUUGUGGCUCUGGAGCCACAAGGCCCUGAGCUAGGGGGAACAUGCAGAUAUUGAAUGAAAGUGGUUUUACAAUGGGACCUUGAGGAACGCCACAUAUUUGUUUGCUCAGAUAUAUAAUGGAAAAAUGACACAGAAUCACACAUUCCUCUAAGUCUUCCACUCUGUCAGUGUUUGUGUCAAAUGCAGAAUUGAGGUCCACUCAUCGUUCCUGAAACAUAAGUGUUCAUACGUUAGUCAUUUAAAGUCUGGAUGGUGAGAUGUGUUGUCCUACAUAAGGCCUACACACUAAGGGGAACAUAUAGAUCUAUUUAACAUAUAUUAAUAAUAAACUGAGUCUGAGAAGAAAAUCAAUAACUAUUCAUUGGAAACUUUUUAAAGAUUUCUAAUGUUGAUUUUCUGCUGGACAGUUUCAUGUCAGUUUUUUGACAGGUCUCCAACUAAAUAGAAAUGUCAAAAUGAUUUCAGCUGUGUCCAACACCUCUCACAUAUAAUUUAGUCAAGUUAUUUACCAAACAACAGAUUUGAAUUUGAAAUACAAACAGAGUUGCUAAUUUCUGCAAUUAUUUGCAUCGAUCAAGUCUGUUUUAACCUGAACUUCUGUAGGGUUGCUUGCUAAAGUUGUUAGCAGAAGAUGAUGAUUCUUAUUUUUGUUUACUUUCAGAUAUUUAACUGGUACUGGUUUAUUUAUAUAAGACUCAGAUUUUUCAUCAUGCCCCAAAAAUGUAUUAAAGCAAAUAAAAUUUAUUAAAAUAAA